CUCCUCUCCAAUCAUGACUUUCUCUCUCAACGAUGCCAUCAACGACGAAAUAACCUCCAUAAACUCAAUCUUCGACCUAGACACCCUCUCGUCCAUCUCCGAAGAUGCGAGCAUCUGUAGCCUGCGCCUCCCCUCCCUCCCUUCCAUAGUUCUACGCUUAAAGUUCCCGCUAGAUUAUCCAGACACGCCACCCUUAAUACUCGGGACGCAGACUGUCGGCGAGGAUGUGCAGAAAGGUGUUGGAAAGCAGAUUGUGGACAUCGUGAGAGACGUGCUUACGCAGGUGUAUAGGCCUGGAGAGGCGUGUAUCUUUGACCUGUUGGAAGAAGUUCGGGAUGCUUUAGAGAAAGCUGAAGAGAAGGGAACACUGCAUAUCCAAGAUCACAUAGGAGGCGAAGGCAAAGAGACAGAUGAAUCAAUACCUGAUGCUUCCAUGCGACAAGACAUUUCGAGUGUGAACCUUGGCCCUGAACCACCUUGGAUAAUAGCACCGCCGAUCACGGAAAAGAAAUCUAUCUUCCUCGCGCGUGUAGCUCCAGUCUACUCCCCAGCCCAAGCCAAAUCAUAUGUCGCACACCUCCUUGCGACUGAUAAGAAAGCAGCGCGAGCAACGCACAAUAUCACUGCGUGGAGGAUUCGUGGUUUGAACGAUACGAGCUACCAAGACUGCGACGACGACGGGGAAACGGCAGCUGGGGGGAGAAUUCUGCAUCUAAUGCAGUUGAUGGAUGUUUGGGAUGUCAUGGUCAUUGUGACGAGGUGGUAUGGCGGUGUCUUGCUAGGCCCGGAUCGGUUUAGGAUUAUCAACACGACGGCGAGAGAGGCGCUGGUGCUUGGGGGUUUUGCGAGGGAAGGGAAGGAGGGUAGUGGGGAGGGGAAGAAGAAGGGGAGGAAAUAAUGAGUGUGGAGUGCGAGAAGGCAAAGAUCUACCGGCUCAAGUACGAUCCCUAGCACUAUACUUGGGUAGGAGUUUAUCUGAUAUAGGGGCAGAUGUAGCAGGUCUGGCCAAAGGUACCCCUCAUAGGUGCUUGUAGUAGCUCAAUUUCCCAAUCCAAAUGCCUCUCGGGCUUCAGGCAUUUUCUGCUCCACAUUACCCUUCUCUCCUAUCCUUCACCCACACCUAAUCCAUUUCCUUCCCUCCUUCCAAAUACUCCCUCCUAAACGCACACCCUUCCCCCUCGCGCUCAAAGUACUCUAUUUUCAUCUCCCUCCUCCACGUCAGCCUACUCUUAUCCCACAAUGUCCCAUAUUAGGGUUUCGUCAAUUGUUCCCUUUCAAACCACUCCCGAUCCCGGCUCCAGACCUCCACGAACCGGAAACGACC